AUGGCUACUGAAUUGACUGUGCAAUCUGAAAGAGCUUUCCAAAAGCAACCUCACAUCUUCACCAACCCAAAGGCCAAGGCCACCAGAAGAUCUAAGAGAUGGGUCAAGAACGUUGGUUUGGGUUUCAAGACCCCAACCACCGCCAUCGAAGGUUCUUACAUUGACAAGAAGUGCCCAUUCACCGGUCUUGUUUCCAUCAGAGGUAAGAUUUUGACUGGUACCGUCGUCUCCACCAAGAUGCACAGAACCAUCAUCAUCAGAAGAGAGUACUUGCACUACGUUCCAAAGUACAACAGAUACGAGAAGAGACACAAGAACUUGGCCGCUCACUUGUCCCCAGCUUUCCGUGUUGCCGAAGGUGACAUCGUCACUGUUGGUCAAUGUAGACCAAUCUCCAAGACUGUCAGAUUCAACGUUGUCAAGGUUGCCUCUGCCGCCAAGUCUAACAAGCAAUUCUCCAAGUUCUAA